AUGAGUGAUUCGGUUCCACACUUUGAAAUGUCCUCACUGUAUGUCGGAGACCUACAUCCCGAAGUGAACGAGGCAAUGCUGUAUGAGAAGUUCCGCACUGCCGGGCGGAUCCUGUCCAUUAGGGUCUGCCGUGAUCUGGUCACUCGCCGCUCCCUGGGCUACGCAUAUGUGAACUUCUUGCUGCACGCGGAUACUGAGAGGGCUCUGAACACUAUGAACUUUGAUAUUAUCAAUGGCAAGCCGCUGCGUAUUAUGUGGUCCCAGCGUGACCCAUCACUUCGGAAGAGCGGAGUGGUGGUAUCCGAUGAAAAUGGAUCAAGAGGUUUCGGAUUUGUGCAUUUUGAGAAAUCAGAAGCCGCUAGUAGAGCCAUUGCAAAGAUGAAUGGGAUUGUGCUGAAAGGUAGCCGAGUUUUUGUUGGGCAGUUUAAACCUCGCAAAGAAAGGGAAGCUGAUCUCAGAGCUAAAGCAAACAUAUUUGCAAAUGUCUACAUCAAGAAUUUUGGAGAUGAUGUAGAUGAUAAAUGUCUUAAAGAGAUUUUUGGUGAAUUUGGUUCUGUAUUAAAUGUGAGAGUUAUGACUGAUGAAAGUGGAAAAUCCAAAGGCUUUGGAUUUGUGAGUUUUGAGAAUUUUGAAGAUGCCCAGAAAGCCAUCGAAGGAGUGAAUGGAAAAGUCCUUAAUGGAAAUCAACUUUAUGUUGGUAGAGCACAGAACAAAGCAGAGAGACAAUCUGAAUUAAAACACAAAUUUGAGCAAAUAAAACAGGGUAAACUUACCAGGUGCAAGGGUGCUAACCUUUAUGUGAAAAAUCUUGAAGAUGGUAUUGACAGUAAAUGGCUGAGAAAAGAAUUCUCCCUCUUUGGCACAAUCACGAGUGCCAGGGUCGUGAUGGAGGCAGGCCGCAGCAAAGGCUUUGGCUUUGUUUGUUACACAUCUCAUGAGGAAGCUAAUAAAGCUAUCAGGGCAAUGAAUGGAAAAACUGUGAUCACCAAACCCCUGUACGUGGCUAUUGCACAAAGUAAGGAGGAACGUCAGGCUCGCCUCACCAAGAACUAUAUGAAGAGAAUGGUGGCUCUGAAAGAUAGAGGUUAUCCUACAUUCAACACUGACAAGAUGGUAGCAUCAUCAUCAUCAGGUAACAGCAUGCCAGCAGUUCCUCAGCCUCAACGUGGAAGUGCACAUCUUUGCAAGCCUGUGGUCAACAAGACCAAAUGUCAUUCAUCUCAGAACAUGCGUUAUUCUAUCCAUUCAGCAGCAGCACCUAAGCCAUCAGUCAGCACCUCCAGCCCAUCACAAGUGCAGGGAGUCAAGUCAGCAUUUCAGGUCACUAAUACAACAACCCAGACCCUGCCUGUUCACCCUCAAACUUCUGCCUUGGGACCACGUGCAAGUCAGAGAUUCGAAAAAGUUGCAGGUGCUGCAGGUGUUCACAGUCCUCUAAAAUUUAAAGUAGGAAGGCCAGCAUCCACCCAAAAGCCUGUCCCUGUUUGUACACAAGGUCAUGAUAUGUUGAAUGUGUCUAUAUUGGCAUCAGCUGCUACUCAGAAGAAGCUCUUGGAUGAAAAGCUGGUUCCUCUGGUUCAGUCCAUUCACCUAACUCCGACUGGAGAAAUCUCUGGCAUAUUCUUGGAGAUGGAUGAUGCUGAAAUGCUUUACAUGCUCAAAUAUCCUGAGUUUCUCCGUGCCAAAAUUGAUGAACUCAUCUGUAUUCUGCAAUCCAGCCAAGCUCAAGAUACUGCCCUGAGAGCUAACAGCACUCCCAGUAUUUGA